AUGAUUGUUCUCGCGCGCCAGCGCCUGCUCUCCAGGGCAGGACCUGUCGCCGCGUCAUCGUUUCCUGGUCGUCGACCAAGUCUCACUUCAAUACGAGGGGCCGCGUCCAAGCCACCAAUCUCACCGCACGGUGCCUCGCUUCCCCCCCGACAACGGCGCUCCACGCCGUCCUCGAACGACUCCCCGACAGGCGUACAGUUACUGGCCGACGAGCUCGAGUUCUUCAACGUCAGAAAAUGGGGAUGGGUAAUCUACCGGUGCACCUACGGGGACGACGCGGCCUGGGAGCGCUUCAAGGAGCGCGUCGCGCAGCAGACCCGCGACGACCUCGCGUCCCCGUGCAAGCUGGCGCCGGCAGCGUCUAGCGUCGUUGAUGGUGUCGACUGGAAAUUCGUGUCCGACCGGGCCCUCAGGGGCGCCUCGCGGGACGCGCUGCGCGAGCGCUUCCGCGCCUGGGUCGCUGGGGACACGUCGCCUGGUCCUCCUCCGGCGGGGUCCUCGGCGAAGUCGGCGCGUCACAGCUACUUUGUGCAGGUCGACGAGGCGUCGCUGCGCAGCGUGUUCGACGGCGACGACACGGACGCCUGGAGCUCGGGCUGGGUCAACCUGGUGCGCUGCGUGCAAGGGCUGGACUAUGACAAGGACCCGAGGCGUGCGGCCCAGGAGGAGGAGUACAGACGAGAGAUGGAGCACGAGGGCGAGGAGUACGACCCGGAGGACUGGAUCAUGCUGUCGGCAGAGGAUUUGGGUCCGUCUUUCUACGGGACAUUGGGCAGCCGCAAUGAAACGUGGCACGUAUUUCAUUCCAAGCCUCCGAACUUGGUGAAGCAUUGA